AUGGGUGCUGAGCGUGGGGGACUGACGGAAAAGCAGCAACCAAAUUUCUUCGUUAAAAAGUUGUUAACCUCUGCUCAAUUAACGAUCCAGUAUUUCUUUAUAGCCACCGCUGCAGCGCCUUCGUUUUCGACAAAAGAGACAACCAAUUACGCCCGCUUAUGCCGGCUUCUGGUAGACGUCAGUGCGCAAAUCUUGAGAGAGACUUUUGAUAAGAGGCGUCCAACAGGAAACCUAGACGCAGUUUUGUCAAGUCCUCCAGUUCAUGCGGUCUUGCGAUCACUUCGACAUAAAAGGAUCCUUAAUCCUUCACAAUGGGGAAAGCUAUAUCCUGCCCUCAAAUCUGCAGUUUCAUCAAAUUCUUUCGAUAUCACUUUACUAAUGGUUUUGCUGAGGAAAAUAUGCGGUCUUGUUCCUCCAGCUACCGGCUGGGACACACCUCCUCCUGAAGCAGACACGACCCUUGAAGCAGAUAUCGUUCGCAUCAAGUGCUACAUAAACACAGUUCAUAGUCAUGCCAGCGAGGCCUCAGUUGAUGACCCAACAUUCAGUCAAUACUGGCAGGACAUCCAAGAUGCAUUUUUGAGACUGGGAGGAGCUGGUUACCAAAGCGCUAUUGAUGAUCUGAAAAAGGAAUGCAUGGAACCUGAUUUGGAAGAACACUAUAAAGAACUUCUUAAACAGUGGGUGAUGGAUGAAGUCAGCAUCAAAGAAAGACUGGAUGAAAUUGGUAAAAGCGAGGUUGAAUUAAAGGAAGCAGCCGUUGAUCCUGAAGAGAAAGCAGGAGACAAAGCUAUGGAGGUUCCUCAAGGCAAGACAGAUCGAGAUCGUGAACAAGACAGAUCUCCAGGUUUGAAAGCACUGAAUACUAACAUUAGCAGUAUUGUAAAAUGA